UCUGAUCCGAUCUCUGACCUUUGUAUAUACAUUGUGUAUUUGCUAUAUAUUCUGCUAAGAAGCGCGGGCUUAAUUUGUGAUUGAAACUAACUUAAAAAUGCAAGUUAAGCUAAAAUUGAUUGCUGCAGCAAGCGAAAAUAUGGGGAUCGGAAUCAAUGGAGAUUUGCCAUGGCGUUUGAGAAAAGAAAUGGAUUUUUUUACUAAAAUGACAUCCACAACAAAUGACACUGAUAAAAAAAAUGUAGUCCUAAUGGGUAGACGUACUUGGGAAAGCAUUCCAAAGAAAUUUAAACCAUUAGCAAAUCGAAUAAACAUGGUACUUACUUCUCAACCACUUGAUCUUGGAGAUGAUGCUAUUGUUUGUAAAAAUCUACCUGAAGCAGUGGAAAAAAUAUCCCAAAGUCCUCUAAAAGAUAAUGUAGAGCAAGUAUGGGUAAUUGGAGGAAGUUCAGUUUACAAGGCAUCAAUGGAAUCGCCUAAUUUCUAUAGACUAUAUUUAACUAGAAUCAAAAAGCAUUUUGAUUGUGAUACUUUCUUUCCACAAAUUCCAGAAAACUAUGUUUUAGUUAAAGACCCAGAAGUUCCACAAGGUAUGCAGCAAGAAAAGGAUAUUACAUUUGAAUAUGAAGUUUAUGAAAAAAAAAGAAAUCAAUGAAAUAAAGUAGAAUUUUUUAUGUAUACAUAUUGUACAGAAAAAUAAGUUUAUUGUAAUAAAUUUUUAUU